CAUCGAGAUAUCGAUGGCUCCCGAUCUGCAUCCUUGGCCAUGUUCUCGCGCGUCGUCGCACGUGUAAGUGUUGGCCGUUGCCUUGUGAGUCAGCAAAAAGAUAAGGGUGUCGAUCCGUUGCAGCGGCUGUUGCAAGCGAGUAUCAUCGUCGGAAAGUGCGAGGCGCGUUACUAUAACACGAGCGUAUCCGCGUGCGAAUCAAGUGCAACGAUGUCGGGCGACGAGAAGAAGCCGUUUCGCCGUCUGCCGUUGUACGUGCGUCCCUAUCACUACGAUAUCUCGUUGACGCCGAACCUGGUCACCUUCACCUUCGACGGCACCGAGAGCGUGCAUCUCAACGUGGAAUCUACAACUGAUACCAUUGUAUUGAAUUCCUUGGAAAUUGAUAUUAAAUGUGCAACUUUUAAUGGAAAUGAUGGUAAGACCAUUCCUGCCAACAAAAUUGAACUGUCUGCGUCGGAAGAAACAGCGACAUUGGUGUUUCCUGAAACCCUGCCACUUGGUAAAAGUGGAUAUUUGAAUAUAGAUUUUGUAGGUGACAUCAAUGACAAAAUGAAGGGCUUUUAUAGGAGCAAAUAUACCAGAGAGGAUGGUACUAUUGAACACGCAGCAGUUACCCAGUUUGAACCAACAGAUGCUAGACGUUGCUUCCCAUGUUGGGACGAACCAGCGCUCAAAGCUACAUUUGACAUUACACUAAAAGUACCAACCGGUCUUACAGCACUUUCUAAUAUGCCUGUGAAAAGCAAAGUUACAAAUGACGAGUACGAUAUAGCGGCUUUCGAAAGAACGCCUAUCAUGUCAACAUACUUAGUAGCCGUAGUAGUGGGUGAAUUCGAUUACAUAGAGGAUAAGUCUAGUGACGGUGUGUUAGUUCGAGUUUACGUACCCAAGUCCAAGAAGGAGCAGGGCCAGUUUGCGCUGGAAGUAGCCACCAAGGUAUUGCCAUAUUACAAGACUUAUUUUGGUAUCGCGUAUCCCUUGCCGAAAAUCGAUCUCAUAGCGAUCGCCGAUUUUUCGUCCGGUGCUAUGGAAAAUUGGGGAUUGGUUACAUACCGCGAGACCUGUCUGCUCGUGGAUCCACAAAACACAUCGGCGGUGCGCAAGCAAUGGAUCGCGUUAGUAGUAGCACACGAAUUGGCACAUCAGUGGUUCGGUAAUCUCGUAACGAUGGAAUGGUGGACGCAUUUGUGGUUAAAUGAAGGCUAUGCGUCGUUCGUGGAAUUUCUCUGUGUCGCGCAUCUAUUUCCAGAAUAUGACAUCUGGACACAAUUCGUGACAGAUACGCACAUUCGAGCGUUAGAACUGGACGCAUUAAAGAAUAGCCAUCCGAUCGAGGUACCGGUCGGUCAUCCAUCAGAGAUUGAUGAGAUCUUUGAUGACAUAUCGUAUCACAAAGGCGCGUCCGUGAUUCGUAUGCUGCACGCGUAUAUAGGCGACGCUGACUUCAGGAAGGGCAUGAAUUUGUAUCUGGAGAGACACAGUUACGCUAACGCGGAGACCGAGGAUCUUUGGGCCGCGUUGGAAGAAGCCAGUAAUAAAGCUGUGCGUAGAGUGAUGUCUUCAUGGACUAAAAGACAAGGUUUUCCCGUUGUCAAGGUCGACCAUCGUCAAAAGGACGAGAACAGGAUCCUGUCAUUAUCUCAGGAGAGAUUUUUGGCUGACGGAUCGGUGGACAACGACGUGGACAAUACAUGGCUCAUACCGAUAAGCGUGACCUCAUCCGAAAAUCCGAGCAAAGCAGUAUUCGAAGGCAUACUGGACGCAAAAACGAAAGAAUUAUUAAUCAAAGAUGUUCCCGAGAAUACGUGGUUGAAAAUCAAUCCCGGUACGAUUGGCUUCUACCGGACUCGUUAUAGUCAAUCUGCUCUGUCGCUUCUGUUACCGGCAAUUAAAGAUCACACAUUACCUCCUCUAGAUAGAUUAGGUUUAUUGGAUGAUCUCUUCGCAAUGGUACAAGCGGGUCACGCGUCUACCGUGGAAGUGCUCGAUCUUAUGCAAGCGUUUUUACACGAGGACAAUUAUACCGUGUGGUCUACCAUAGUAAACAUCUUGAGCAAAAUUAACAUUCUCAUCUCACACUUAGAUUUUGAGGAUUCUUUUAAAGCGUUUGGACGUAAUCUAUUUCGCGAUGUGAAUACCAGGUUAGGCUGGGAUCUUAAACCAAACGAGAGUCAUUUAAACACUUUACUUAGGUCUCUCGUGUUAGGUCGCAUGGCGGCUUUAAAUGAUCCGGAUACCAUUGAAGAAGCGAAGAGAAGAUUCGAGCUUCACGUGAACGGCGUCACGACGCUUGCUGCCGAUUUGCGCAGUCCGGUUUAUCGAGCUGUGCUCUCCGUAGGUGACGCCAAUACUUACGAAACUAUGAUAAAACUGUACAAAGACGCUGAUCUCCAGGAAGAGAAGGAGCGGAUUCUGCGAGCUCUCGGUGCGAUCAAGGACCAGGCACUGCUCAGGAAAGUCCUGGACUUUGCUAUGAGCGAGGACGUCCGUGCUCAAGAUACGGUAUUCGCCAUCAUGUCCGUGGGUCUAUCGUACAAGGGACGUCUUAUGGCAUGGAACUUUUUCAAGGAAAAGUGGAAGACCCUUCUAGAUCGUUACGAAGGCGGUUUUCUGCUGGCGCGAUUGGUAAAGUUCACCACAGAAAACUUCAUCACCGAAGAGCAAGCCAAAGACGUAGAGAGUUUCUUCGAGAGUCAUCCAACGCCGGGCACGGAAAGAACGGUGCAGCAGUGCGUGGAAUCCAUCAGACUGAAUGCCGCGUGGCUCGCCCGAGACAAGAACUCGAUCAAAGAAUAUCUUACCACUCAAGUCUAAUAUAUAAAAGCUAUUUUUAUUUUUUUCUCUGUUACCUUAAUUGAAAAUCGGCAUAAUUUGAAACCGCGUGUGUGAAUCGAAUUGUAUUAUCGCUCUAGAGUCUUAUGUCGAUUGAUACUGCCAUAUCAAUUAGGCGCAGACUAUCUCUAUGUAUGAAUAAUACAUAAAUAAUCCAAUGCAAAUUAUGUGUAUGCACGCUCAAUGAAAAACGCAGAUUUAUUUAAUGUUGAUUAAAUAUUUUGCUGAGUGAGCAUAAGAGAAUGAGGAUGAGAGUAUAUCGUUUUGUACACAUCUAUUAUAUCUUACUGACGCGUUAUUUUAACAUGAUUCAACAUUUUACAUCGUU